GUGAGUCACACUCACAAAAGCCAGGGACCAGUCUUAAUUGUGAGCAAGACUGCAGCAUGUUCAAUUGGAGCAGGCUUGCUGACCUCAUAGAUGAAAAUACUAUUUAAGAUCUGGUAACCAGAUGUUCCACUAGAAAGUAGGCAGCUGCAAGCAGUGGUUUUCCAGACCGCUUCAGCAGUUAGUUCAAACGAUUCUAGCAGAAGAUAUGAUUGCAUUAGCUUUUCUCUUUGCCUUGCUCUGGGACAGAGCUCCUGGCUGGGGAUUCAAGGAUGGAGUUCUACAUAACUCUAUUUGGUUAGAGCGAGCAGCAGGGGUAUACCACAGAGAAGGAAGAAUGGGGAAGUAUCAGCUCACAUACGCAGAGGCAAAAGCAGUGUGCGAAUAUGAAGGAGGACACCUGGCCACAUACCAGCAGCUGGAGGCUGCAAGAAAAAUAGGGUUCCAUAUGUGUGCUGCUGGCUGGUUAGCUAAGGGAAGAGUUGGCUAUCCCAUUGUGAAACCUGGAAGCAACUGUGGCUUUGGAAAGACAGGGAUUGUGGACUAUGGCUUUCGACUCAACCGCAGCGAGAAAUGGGAUGCUUACUGUUAUAAUCCCAAUGGAAAAGACUGUGGUGGCAUCUUCACAGAUUCAAAACACAUCUUUAAAACUCCUGGAUAUCCAAAUGAGUACGAAGAUGAUCAAAUCUGUUACUGGCAUAUAAGAGUGAAAUAUGGCCAGCGGAUUCAAAUACAAUUUCUCGACUUUGACCUUGAAGAUGACACGUCCUGCAUGGCUGAUUAUUUAGAAAUAUAUGACAGUUAUGAUGAUGUCAAUGGCUUUGUGGGCAGGUACUGUGGAGAUGAACUUCCAGAUGAUGUCAUUAGCACAGGAAAUGUCAUGACUCUAAAAUUUUUGUCUGAUGCUUCAGUAACAGCAGGAGGCUUUCAGAUUAAAUAUAUAGCUUUAGAUCCACCCAGAAAGAAUACAACUACCCAAGACAAUACAAAUUAUUUAGUUGGAAGAUUUGGCAUUGCAUAAAAAAGAACACUGAGGAAGGUAUUGGCCCUGGAUGUCUAUUAAAGGAAUAUUCUCCCACACUCCAACACCUCAAGCUGAAGUUGCUGUCUUCUUCUCCGUGGAUCCUUGUCUUCAUGAUCUUCCGACAUCUUGUCACUGAUUUUCAUAUGUACCUUCAGUAUGAAGAUUUCCACCAUGUUAUAGUUCUUCCUUUGACCUUUUCUACUGCUCCAUCCACCACUACAAAAUCUGCCUCUUUGAUAUGUUUGUAUGGGGAGUUACAAGUGCCUAUGUAAAUAAGACACCUUCCUGCUCCAGAAUUGCUGUGUAUGCCAAACUAAAGUGUAUGCCGUUAAAAGUUUCCCUGAGCCAGAAAGUUACAAAGAAAGAUUUACUCAUAGAUUCUAUAACUGUACUGCAUUUUAUGUAUUAUUAAGAUUUUCAGACAAUAUAUAUAUUUUAAAAACUGGAAAACAAUUCCUUUCUUUUACCAGGUAAUUUGUUUCCAAAUUCAGUAUAUGAUAACAAGACCAAAAUUCCUGACUCAAUUUUCAGGCUUAUAAAUUCCUUUGAAAGUAACAGAAUGCCCCUUAAUUCAGACCACAGGCUGAUUUCGCUGAUUAUGUGAAACAAUAAAACAUCUGAUAAAAGCC